CGCAGCGGAGCAGCAUCACGGCUUCAACAUCUGGGGGAGAAAUUCAAGACAUUUCACUAAACACGGGAAGACCAGGAGAGAAAACGGACUGACUGCUGUUGGGAAUGUUGCUUUUCUGCCCGGACAUAAAAUGAAAGGGUUACCUGGCUGUAUUCUGGGUUUGGAGUCACAGUUGCGCAUGCAGGCAGAGUCUCUCUGAGGAAAUUCACGCACAGUCAAACUCCGAGCGGGACAUCCAGGCACCAGUCAGGGAGUAAGCUGAACCACCUACACACCGCUUGAUCUGGAAAGCAAGACGACGUGAUACGCGACACUACCACCAUGGACGAAGACUGGUCGAACGAACAGUGUUACUACAACGAGACCAUCGCCUUCUUCUACAACCGCAGUGGCAAGUACCUGGCUACUGACUGGAACACUGUCAGCAGGCUGGUGAUGGGCCUGGGCAUCACCGUGUGCAUCUUCAUCAUGCUCGCCAACCUCCUGGUGAUGAUCGCCAUCUACGUCAACCGGAGGUUCCACUUCCCCAUCUACUACCUGAUGGCUAACCUGGCAGCUGCUGAUUUUUUCGCCGGACUGGCUUAUUUCUACUUGAUGUUCAACACGGGGCCGAACACGAGGCGCCUGACCGUCUCCACGUGGCUGCUGCGGCAGGGCCUGAUCGACACCAGCCUCACGGCGUCGGUGGCCAACCUGCUCGCCAUCGCCAUCGAGCGCCACAUCACCGUGUUCCGCAUGCAGCUGCACACGCGCAUGAGCAACCGGCGCGUGGUGGUGGUGAUCGUCAUCAUCUGGACCAUGUCCAUCGUGAUGGGGGCCAUCCCCAGCGUGGGCUGGAACUGCAUCUGCAGCAUCAGGUCGUGCUCCAACAUGGCGCCGCUCUACAGCAACUCCUACCUGGUGUUCUGGGCGGUGUUCAACCUGGUGACGUUCGUCGUCAUGGUGACGCUGUACGCCCACAUCUUCGUCUACGUGCGGCAGAGGACCAUGAGGAUGUCGAGGCACAGCUCGGGACCGCGUCGCAAUCGAGACACGAUGAUGUCUCUGCUGAAGACUGUGGUCAUCGUGCUCGGUGCAUUCAUCGUCUGCUGGACACCCGGUCUGGUCAUCCUCCUCCUCGACGUCUUCUGCGCCAGCUGCAACGUCCUGACCUACGAGAAGUUCUUCCUGCUCCUCGCCGAGUUCAACUCGGCCAUGAACCCCAUCAUCUACUCCUACCGCGACAAGGAGAUGAGCGCCACCUUCAGGCAGAUCCUGUGCUGCCAGCGGCAGGAGAACGUCAACGGGACGGCGGCGGAGGGAUCGGACCGGUCGGCGUCGUCCAUCAACCACACGGUGCUGAGCGGCAGCGGCGUGCACCAUCACCACCACCACAACGAACACUCGGUGGUAUAGAGCCGAGAAAGGAAGGUCUCGGAGGUCGAUCCAUCUGCUUGGAGGGGAUGUUCUCUCAAACUGAAAGAAGGCAAAGCGAAGUAUCCUGAUUUGGAGAAGGACUCCAAACAUAACAUUGACUAAAUUUGAAAGUGAGAAGUGGCUGGAGCUGAGGAGCUGGAUGGUGAUUGUGAUGAAGAUGACAGUGAAAGAGGAAAAAAGGAUAAAGGGGUGUGAUCUUCAUGAACUCCGAGGAUAGGCUGUUAGAAUUUUUGUUUAGUUUUUUAUUUUAUUUUUUUUUUUUUAAUGAUUUCAGUGUUGUUGCAGGCAAAGAUGAUAUGAACUAUUUAAAGUAAUCUGUGAAAUGAAGAUAAUGCCAGUAUAACCCAUGGUCUCUGUACCGUCUUCUCUAACAUGGAUAUUACUCAUCUAGAUCCCCCAAAGCAUGAUAAUUAACACCAUUCGUACGCGUUACUGCUACAUACGAACAACAUGACACUACUACCACUGCUAUUUAACUUACAUACUUUUAAUAACUGAUUUAUGGUAGAGGAAUCGGGGUCUGAUCCUAUUAUUGGAACAAUAUUUGUAUUUAUUUCCAGUCAGAUUUGAUUCUAACAAAUGUAAAUCUGUGAAAAUCACAGACACUUGCUUUCAUUUUAGGGCAAGUGUCUUGACAGGUUUUAAUUUCAAGGUGUUAUCCAGCGUCAAAAGUAAGCAGUUAUCCUGAAAACACUUCUAAAUAUAUAUACACAUUUCGCUGUUUACACAGUAGCAUGCCAGAAAAACAACUUCAGGAAGUCGUUGUGUGUUUAGACGGCCGGUCAUUACCCCUCUCUUACAAUAGAGGCGGCAUCUUUCACAUUAUGAUGAGAAGUGACCUUACAGCCUAAAUACCUUUGUGACAGAUCCUCCUCUUUUAUUAAACCGCUUUUGUUAUUCCAUCUCAGGAGUUUCCCACUUUCAUCCAACUCAAAUACACAAAGGAUCCAAGAUUUACAAGCAGUCCCAGGGCAGUCAUCACGCUCCCAGGAACUACAGAUAAGCCGAGGAGGAGGAGGAGGAGGCUCCACGCUGCAGUGUUAUGCGAAAACCAGGUGCGAGAUGAAGGUCAGACCGAGAAGAGAUUACCGAGAGACAUGCGUUAAAGUGGCUGCUGUGUCGCCUUGUCUGCGAGGUUUACCCUGGAAAAGGAGGCGACGUGGACGAGAAUGUGAAAGUAUAAACAGUGUUAACUAGUUUGAGGUGUAGCGACUUGAAAUUAAUAUCAUAUGGUUGUACUUCUAAAGAUAUGUUUAGAUGAGCUCUGACAUUAAAAAGGAUGUUGAUUAAUGUUUUGUGAAGGUUUUCCACAUAUUUCUAAAAAGACGUCCACAAUCAGAGUGAGUGUGAACGGCCGUGUAUAGUAUGUUGCUGGUUCACCUUAUUUUUUCUUAAAGGCCCUUCAAAUAAAAAAAAGGAAGUGGACCACCUCUGUCAUCCAUUAUUUGCUCAAACUUAACAGUUGGGAAUAACUCACCAAGACACGAGUUAAAUUUAAACCAUGUAGAAUAACAAAUAGCCAACAGGGCCAAGACUGUACAGCGCUGUUCUCUGUUCCUCGUAUUGAAAUAAAAAUAUGCAUUGACAUUAAACUUCUCAGGAAAUUAUUACAUUUAUCAAAAUACUAAUGAUAAUCAAUCAAUAAAGUUGCAGCUGGACAGAAUUUGAUCAGGCUGAGUCACCAAAACUACAUAAUUAGGUUUCAUGAAACAAAAUAAUUGAAUUCAACAUUCAUGCAUAAGGGGUUAAUCCAUUCAGCCAACCCCACAAAAUCCUAUCUUAACUUUAUGACUAUUAUCUCUUUUCAUGAUUGUCUCGUCUUUUGGAGACAAAACAGUGACUAGUUUACGAUGCAACAUGGCUGGAAAAAAAGCUCCAGCUCCAAAACGUCACGCAUCUCAACAACACAAACCUUUGAAGUGAAGCUGAAUCCUGAAAGUUCUACAUUUUUACCAGUUUUAAACUGAUCGAUCAAUCAAUGGGGAAACAUAACUCUAAGUACAUUUAGCUUUAGAAAGCACUCCAGAUUUUUUUUGUUUUGUUCGUUUUCUGUUGACAAUUUGAUUGUAACAGUGUUAUUGGUUAUAUGAAGCAAUACUGGUAGUUUUUUUAAUGACCAUAUUAGAUAGUUGAUGUUUAAAGGUCAAUUCCUACUAAAAGAAUACUGAAAACAAUGAUAUGUUACAGCUGGAGUGUUUUUUCCAUGAUCUAAGGAGUUGAGGUCGAACCCAGUGCAGUAUUAAAAACUGAAAUAUUAUUUCCACAAGUGCACUCUCUCACUUCUGCCAGAUACCGUGAGAUUUUGUGCCGGGGUGGUAAUACCGCGACAUCUAACCAGCUGAAUGUUCUGUCGCGAUGUAAAUCCAAACACUUUUUGGCCAAAACACACAGACGGAGGAACCCAGCAGCUGACAGCAAUCUGAAAAUCCCCGCCAAGAACUGCAGUCAGACGUUUUCCAGGAAACAAAGACGUUUGUUGGGAAUCGGAGUCGGCUGGCGUUCUCUUCUUUUGAAGUCGCCCGAAAUGUUGGCCUGUUUAUCGGGCAGCGCAUGCUGUCUGAUCCCGACAAAGCUUGUAAAACUUCACCCUCUCUUUUCUCGCCAUCAGUUUGUUGUUUUCCUGCUGCACAUGUGGGAAGAAACACUGUGGUCCAGGGCAGCUUAUUGACCACUGUCGAAGCAGGGAGGUCGCUCCUUGUUGUCUUUCUUCAUCCAGAACAGUACAAACAAACUGUUGAGGAACUCUUUAUCGCUUGCUGUGCUUCUACACUGUAAGAAAAAAAAACAAGAAAAAAUCCAAAUUUUCCAAAAAUAUUUACUUCAAAUAUUCCAGCUUCGUAAAGCUCUGGAUCUGGUUUCAUGAUUCAAACCCACUGUAACGUCCGUCUGUCACUCUUUCUAUGCCGUUGUAAGUACUAUAUGUGUACAGUAUGUAUAUAUAAAAUAUAUUACUCAAAAGUUAAUCACCAAAGGGAAAAAAGUGUUUGUAAAUUUAACUGUUACACUCUGUCCAGAUGUACUGUAGGAUUGUGUAUUUUUUAUUAUUGUUUUUGCCGUUUGUAUUGUGACUCAAAUUAAUGGAUUUUCUGUAGACAAUAUCCCAGUUAUUAACUUGUGUGCAAACCUGAAGUGAAACCUCUGAGUGCAGUGCCUUUCAGCUCCCAUUCUUGGUG